CAAUCAAAAAUGAUCAAUCUAAUCAAGUAAAUUGCAAUUGCAUAAGGUUAUGAAUUACGGUUCACAUUAUUCUAAUUGCCUUAGAUAUCAGAGUGACCAUAUAUGUCUUCUUCAUCAGCUUUAAAACCUGAUCCUGUGAGUGUGUGAUUUUUGUGGUCCGCUUGCAGUUAAUCAGACACGCAUACAGUAAAAUGUUCCUUCAUGUGCUCCUAGUGAUAGCACAAAAUGAAAGUUUGCCGCGACUCUGUAUGGCAACUCUGCCAUCAGCGAUAGAGAUUGCAAGUUGUGUGUGCGUGUUGCCAUCGACUAUUACAAUAGCACAUGCAUAAUGCAUGAGAUAAAAAACGAAUAAGAAUAUGGUCACCCAGGCAAAGAGAAGCAGGCAAAUUGUAAAUCAUAACAUAUAAACGAAUCAAUCAAAUCACGACUAUGUUUUUGAAAUUGUUGGCGACAGAGCAAAAAGGCGUCUCCAUGACGAGAAUCGUUUAUAUUGUAUAUAGAUCGUCAUACGUCGCUUUCGCCGAACGGAAAUGUCUGCGGCACGUUUACCCUAUUAUCAACAGCAGCAGCAGUCCGGGGAGCAUCAGCAGCGGCGUGGCGGGGGACAGCGUUGCGUUGGCUAUCAGGAUCGUAAUAGCAGUCGACGCAGCGAGCGUCGCUAUAGCCGCAGUCGUAGUCGCAGCCGGAGUCGUAGUCGCUCCUUGGAGCGCCAGCGUCGUCGUCAUCAUUAUCAGUCACAUCAUCAUCAUCGUCAUCGUAGAGAUUCACGUGAUCGUCAGAAGGAAUGGGACAGAGACUACUCGAGGCGCAGUUAUUACCAACGCCAGAGUCGCACUCCUAGUCCAACGUCAGGUUCCUCCGCCUCCGCCUCCGCCUCCGCUUCAACAGGAACAGGAGCAGAAACUGCAUCAGCACGUCGUGCCCAUAGUAAUGGAGGCAAUAAAAUGAACGCCAAGGAUAAUACAAUGUCUGCCGUGGGCGCCUAUUACAAUCUCGAUACGGAUGAGCCAUUCGAUAAGGAGCGUAUACAUCGUGAAAUCGAAGCAAAACUACGCGAGACACUCGCACGAGAAGGCAAAGUGUAUCCACCGCCGAAGCCAGAGGCAUCGCAUCCCGUUUUUGCCAACGAUGGCUCCUUCAUGGAGCUGUUCAAGAAGAUGCAGGGUCAACAGGAAAAGCAGCAGCAGCAGCCAACAGGAGAUGUAGCUGCGGCAGCAGCCACUGCAGCCCCUUCAGCAGUAGCCGCUACAGCAGCAGCUGCUCUUCGCGAUCAGCCACAGUCGCUGUUGGAGCCCAAUCCAGUUCUCAGUCCAUUUGGUGCUCUGCCAGCGAUUGCUGCAGGCGCUGCCAGUACUCCAGCUGCGCCAUAUAUAGCCGCUGCAGCGACUGGCAAAUCGGCGCCACCGCCACCAAUGGUUGGACGUCGACGUGGUGGCAAAAUCUUAAAAACGGGCGUCGUUGCCAAAUUGAAGACGCCCAGCGAGCGAGAUGUGGAUCCAAAGGACUUUUGGUCAUUGUAUUUGGCUGAAGUAAACAAGUACAAGAGCAACGCCUGCGAUACGGACAAUGGCAAAAGACCCCUGGUCAAAUAGUCUACGAAACACAUCCAUAUCCACAUCCACACAUACACCUACAUCUACACAACCCCAUACACACACAUACACAUAUAU